GCCACCGCCGGUCGCCACAGCACGCCACCGCAGCCAUGGUUCUGGAGGACGAGAGCAGCGACGACAACUCAAGCCUCCCGUACAUGCACUCCGAAACCUCCACCGAUGGGCUGAACCAGGUGCCUUUCUCUCUUGAGGACCCGGAUUACAAGGGUCUUGAGCUAGAUCUGAUAGUGUUGUGCGAGAAGCAUGGGAAGCCAUCAGAGAGGCUUGUUGCGUUUGAAGGAACAAUGACUGGGAGAAGGUUCUUAGCAUGUGCAGAGCCGGAAGGUCAGAAUUGUGGGUUUGUUCAGUGGGUUGAUGAGCAGUGGCCCCCAACAAUGGAGAAUGCAUUGCUGAAGCUUUGGUCAAUGGUUGAAGAGAGCAAGUCUGCUAGGGUGAAUGAUAAUCUUCAAAGUGCUCUAACUAUUCAUCAGUUGACAGAAGAAAAGAACAAGCUGGAUGCAGACUAUGACAAGUUAGUGAAAGAUGUGCAUCAACUUGUGGACUUUCAGCAGGAUAGGGUUGUGGAUUUCAGUUAUCUGCAGUCUGCUGUCACAUAUCAGCACCAAUGCAGAGCUGAAUUGGUGGCUGGAAGCUUUGGUCAAUGGUUGAAGAGAUUGACAGAAGAAAAGAACAAGCUGGAUGCAGACUAUGACAAGUUAGUGAAAGAUGUGCAUCAACUUGUGGACUUUCAGCAGGAUAGGGUUGUGGAUUUCAGUUAUCUGCAGUCUGCUGUCACAUAUCAGCACCAAUGCAGAGCUGAAUUGGGGGCUGGUAUGAAUGCAGAAAUGGCAAAGAAAGAUGCAGCUGCACAGAAGCUUCAACAAAAGUAUGAACUCCUGUGCAACCUGACAAGUGCUCAAGCAACUGUCAUCCAAAACUUGAAGUUGAAGAAUAUGAAAGAGAAGGAAUUGUUGAGUGAGGCUAGGAUAAAUUUGGAGUUGAAGAAUGCAGAGUUCACAAAGUUUGAGGAGAAGCUCACCCAAGAGAAGCUAGAGUUGAAGCUCCAGGUUGCUGAUCUGCUGAAGCUCAAGGAAAACCAUAAUGAAGAGAAGCAGAUGCAAGAGUUUAAGAUUACUGAGCUCAUCAAGGCAGAGGAGAAGCUGAAGAAGAAGAUCAAGGGGAUCCAGGCCAUCUUGCAGAACUGA